AUGAAUGUUUCUUAUCAAGAAAAUAAUUAUGCUGAAGCAAAUUAUACAUCAUUUCAUUCAUCAUCUUUGGCUGAAAACACUUUUUUGAAACAUGCAGAAAAAGAUCCACUUGAUUUAAUUCUACAAACAACAUGGCGUCUUCUUCGUGUAUAUCCUGAUGGCUUAAGACAAGAUUCAAGUAAUCUAGAUCCUAUACAUCCUUGGAAUUUUGGUGUACAAUUGGUUGCUUUAAAUUAUCAAACUGAUGAUGAUCUAAUGGCAUUAUAUUAUGGAAAAUUUCGUGAUAAUGGUUGUUGUGGUUAUAUACUUAAACCAGAUUAUUUAAUCAAUGCACAAGAAACAAAAUUUAAUCCAUGGAACUGUCCAAUUGAUUUUGAUAAUCCUAAAAUUUUAACAAUAACAAUAAUAAGUGGACAAUUUUUACCUCGAUCAAGUGUAAAAUCAAAAGAUAUACCUGAUCCAUAUGUAAGAAUAUCAACACAUGGUUUACCUUGUGAUGAAAAAAUACAAAAAACACAAGUUAUUAAGAAUAAUGGUUUUGAUCCAAUAUGGGAUGAAACAUUUGAAUUUCGUAUAAGAUUUCCACAAAUGUGUCUUGUAUAUUUUUCUGUUAUUGAUUAUGAUCCUAUAUCGGGCGACGAUAGAAUUGUUUAUUUUAGUGCACCAGUGGAAAUGAUACAACCAGACUAUCGUCAUAUUUAUUUAAGAGCUAAUAAUAAUGAUGAAACUCAUUCAACUCUAUUCGUUCAUGUUGAUAUUCGAAGUGAUAAUAAUGCUGAUCAUGAUUUUGGCAUCAAGAAUUUAAUUCAUUCACGACUUUAG